CGCUGGCCACAACGUCGUGCACGACAUCCCUAACGAUGCCUCAGCAAUCUCGCUCUGCAGUGAUGUCCUCGAAUUCACACAUCGAUACGGCAUACUCUCUUUCUCUGCUCUCCGAGUAUAACCACACACUCGACUCUUUACCACUCGACCUCUCACGCAAUUUUGCGGACCUUCGGGAACUCGAUGCCGUCCUCUCCACUGCCAUGGCAUCUAUAACAACCAAAAUCCACAAUCUUACGCAGAUGAUAGAAGACGGCAAAGGCAAAGAAGAGCGCCUUUGGUUGUUGUCCGAGAUUGCAGAGGAGGCGAGAACCCUCAAACCGGGGGGUGAGGAUAAGAUUCGUGUCGCCUGCCAGGCUGCGGAUAAUCUCAAGUCCCAUAUGAGUCACCUCCGUACUUUGGCAGAGCACAUCCCCGGCUUCGAUGCUUCCAUUCUCAAUCGACAAACCACCUACCCACAUGUGGCGAGCAAGACCUUUAUGCCGGUCACGAUGACAGAAGGUGGAAGAAGACGACGAGGCAACUAUGGCUCUCUGUUGACGAGCGCGACGGACCCUAGUCCUGUCAAACGAAAAAGAGCCCCGCGAGACGAUGAUGGGACUCCGAGAAAAGAGCGAGCAGUAGACGGACCAAGCAGGCCGCGUAAUGGCGGUCGAGGACGCAGAAACGAACGUGCCGGUUCUCCAGCUGACUCGGUCCUUUCUGUCACUUCGUAUAUGCCGCCCCAACCACCCCAGGCAUCUUCGCGUGGAGGUUCGACACAUGGACGAACGAACGGCACCGGUCAUACUCACGGUGGCAACAGGAGGUCGCGUACUGCUGCUAAUAGCCACCGUGGUGGAUCGCCUCAGAACGAACAUUACCCUAACGGCACGUACGAUCACGGUCUGCCCAACCACGGAUCGCGUCGAGAAGCUUUCAAUGUCCCGCCCUCAGCAUCGCAUCCAUCUCUUCCCCUUCCGUAUCAUACCAAUGGCAAUCCCCAUCCCUUUGAGCUUCAUAUACCGAACGGUGGCCCCCUGGGAGGUGUAGUUGCAGGCCCGGGCGAGUGGCCCAUGCCCAGACAGCUAGAGGGCCCCGGACAAGCCUACUCUGAGGCUGGUAUGCCAAUGAAUGUUGGCUCAGGUGCAGAGGACGAGGGUACUGUAGAGCAAGACGGCGAAGCAGAUGGCGACAAUCGCAGAUACUGUGUCUGUGACGGGUACAGCUACGGUGACAUGAUAGCAUGCGAUGACUCGAAUUGUGAAAGAGAAUGGUUCCAUUUGACCUGCAUCGGUCUAGAGGUACCCCCCGAAGGAAAAUGGUAUUGCGAUAAUUGCUCAAACAAGAAGCCGGUAAAGCGCCCGGGCCGCGGAGGUAAGCGGCGGGGUGGACAUCGUGCAGGCGCUGGGCGAGGGACUACAUAGGGCAAUCAACUGCAAUAUAUCAUGAAUAUACGAUAGAGUCGGACUUGUGAUGACGUUAUUUAUUUGCCUUUACCCCCAGGGACAAAUUGUCAUGCUUAAAACGUUUUCCAAAUUCGAAUUGAUGGUCAAUCAAGGCAA